GCAGCCCCACCGGGAGCGAUGGAGCCGCCGCGGGGCCUGGCGCUGCUGCUGCUGCUCAGUGCGGCCAUCCCGGGGGUUUUUGGGGCUCCGGGGCCUUCGGGGAUUUCCGGAAUUUUGGGAAUUCCUGGAAGGAACCGCGAGGAGCUCCCCGCUCGCUCCCACCCCGCUCCCCGCCGCCCUCGCUCCGCGGCCGGCCGCUCCUGGCUGCUCUGGGCUCCGUUCCGGGGCCGCAUCCCGGCCGAGGCCGUGUCCAGCCCCAACCCCCGCACGGGCCGGACCGAGUUCGUCUGCUCCACCCGCGGCUGCGAGUUGGGCGCCUUCGACCCCGCCCGCGGCUCCUUCUGCUCCUUCGCCUGGGCCGAGCAGGAGCUCCGCGGCUCCGACUUCCACCUCCUGCUCAACCCCGGCGGCUUCGAGGCGCUCGACUGGGUGGACACAUCCUUCGGCAGCGCCCCCGAGGGCGCCGUGGAGGCCUGUCCGCUCACCGACCUCUUCGUGGGCCGCAGCCCGGACGGGCUGGGCAAAGCCUCCAAGGAGCAGGAGGCGCUUUUCGUGGCCGUGGACGGGGAGGAGGUUUGGUACAAGUGGUACCAGGUGCUGGUGGUGCGGCAGGGCGCGGUUGGUGUCUCCAUCUCCGACGUUUCCUACAACGGCAGCGCGGUGAGGGAGAGCGCGGAGCCGGCGGAGCUGACCGCGGUGCUGCUGAGGAACGAUGGAUGCGAGGUGGCUGAUAGAUCCGUCACCUUGGAGGAGCUCAGCGAGGUGGAGCACGGCUGGAGCGCCGAGCUGCCGGCGCUGGCGGCCGCCCGCGGGGUGCUCCGCGCUGCCCCGCUGCUGCUGCCCGAGCGGGGCGGGUGGCACCCGGGCAAUGUCACCUCCGUGCCCUGGGCGGGCGGUGCCAGCCUCACCGAGUUCGUGUCGCGGAGCCACCGCGUGCGGCUGGAGGUGCCGGCACGCUCCGAGUGCUCCGCGGUUCUCCGCGGGCUCCGGCGGGAGAUCCGCGUCCCCUUCUCGGCGCGGUUGACCCGCGCGUUCCGCUCCGGCCGCCCGCACCGCGCCGCCGUGGCCGGUUGGGCGCGGAGCUCCGCGGUCACCGGUGCCCGCGCGGGUCUGGAGCGUUGCCACCCACUCGCUGAUCUCCCACCGUGCCCGAACUGAGUGUGAACCCCAAAAUUCAGCUUUUCCCCCCAAAAAAAACCCGCAAAUCCACGGAGGCGCUCGGAUGCGGCGCGGCUUUUCCGCCUUUCCGCGCGUUCGGCUUCUGCGGCAUAAAGGGAACCCCAAAAUGCAGAAAA